AAAGCCUCGUGCAGCUCUCUCAGCCAAUCCAGCUCUCCUCCUAAAAUUUCUUCUUAGUCUCGCGCUGUCUAUUUGGCACCUUGAUUGAUGUCCUCGCGCUGCUCAGAGGGGUGUGCUCAGGCCCACGGUUCGUUCUCGCUCUCCCGCACGUUCUUGCACACUGACGCACGCACGUGCGGGCGCAGAAGCUAGAAAAGCGAGCGGAGCGGCGCGCGGAGCAGCCUGUGUUCCUCGCGCCGGAGCGCAGGGGCUCGCGGAGGCCAUGGACCACAUCGGGAUUCUGGGGGCCCACCUGCAGCACCAAGUGGAGCCGAUCAGCUUCGGCAUCGAUCAGAUCCUCAGCAACGUGGAGCAGAGCUGCAUGUUGGGUGUCAGGAUGCACGAGCCGGACUACGGGCACGCGGCCUAUAACGGCGGCGUGAACGGCGGCUUCACGUGCGCCAACGGCGGAUAUAACGGCGGGGGCAGCUCGUGCGGAGUGGCCGCCCUCGGUGGCGCUCAUCACAUGAACAUGGGGGUGAAUGCCAACGGGAUUAAUGUGAACCCGGCCGGUGUCAUCCGCGUGCCCGCGCACCGACCUCUGAGCUGCGGAAACUCCGCUGGAGCGCCGGGCAGCGCGAGCGUCAACAGCCUGGGCGCGCUCACCUUCCCGUGGAUGGAGAGCAACCGGCGCUACACCAAAGACAGGUUCACAGGUCACCCGUACCAGAACCGGACACCACCGAAGAAGAAGAAGCCCCGGACGUCGUUCACGCGGCUGCAGAUCUGUGAGCUGGAGAAACGUUUCCACCGACAGAAGUACCUGGCGUCAGCGGAGCGCGCGGCUCUGGCCAAAGCGCUCAAGAUGACGGACGCACAGGUGAAGACCUGGUUCCAGAACAGACGCACCAAGUGGAGGCGGCAGACGGCGGAGGAGCGCGAGGCGGAGCGGCAGCAGGCCAACCGGAUCCUGAUGCAGCUGCAGCAGGAAGCUUUCCAGAAGACCAUCAACCAGCCGGUCACCCCAGACCCGCUGUGCCUGCAGAACAGCUCCCUGUUCGCCCUGCAGAACCUGCAGCCCUGGACCGAGAACACCGCUAAGAUCAGCAGCGUGUCGGCCUGUGAGUAGAGGCGGGGACCCCGGGCCUCCGGGACUCCCAGAGGAGAGACCUGGACUUGGAGGCCUGGAGCAGGACUGGCUUUAAUGGAUUCUGGCCAGCAGGCCGUCUUAUUAUCAGACAGACGCUGGGGCUGCAGCAACACUACACAGCUCUGAUGGGGUCCCUCAGCGCUGCACCCAUGUGAUGGGCUUAUCUGGAUCCUACAGGUCUGGUCUGGAUCCAGGAUUGGGCCCUGCGGAGAGCACACUGACACUGUGGAAAUGUUUGGAUGGACAGAGCGGAGGAGCAGACUGGUGCCAGUGAGUUUGUAUUAUAUCUGCCUGUUUGAGAAACAGCUUAUCUGACUAUCUGAUGGUGGAGAGGACACACCUGUGUUCAUCUCUGCAUCGUGUCUCUGUCUUUAUUGUCCUUUAUGCCCACUUUCUACACAAUAAUGGAGGCUGAAUUCAGGGAUACUGGGACCAGUUUGGUCACAUUAGUUUAAGUUUAUUUCUGUUUCACACACUUUGGCACACACUUUUGUAGAAACCGUUCCAAAUUCUUUCUUUCUUUUUUUUUUUCUUGGAUCAUUUAGGUGACUGGGACAGAACAUUUCACCAUUGAGCAGGCCACAGAGAGUUUUUAAACUGUGCUUUAAUUGAGGUUUUAAAAUUGAAAUUUAAAGGGGACAUAUUUUUCCCUGUUAAAACAAGUUUAUAUUGUUCUCAGAGGUCCUCAAAACAUGCCUGUGAAGUUUGUUGCUGGAAAAAACACCCCAGUUUUGGAUCUUUGCAUGUCUAAAAACCACUCUGUUUCAGCCCUGAUCAGAACGAGCUGUUUCUGUGUCUGUGGCUUUAAAUGUUGAUGAGCUGUCUGACUCCGCCCCUCUUGGGAAAUGAAUGUGGCUUAAUGGUUGUGGCUCUGCUGAGAGCUGGAUCAGGAGAGGAGGGCGGAGCUUUCUUCCAAGCGGGGAGGGCCAACUGAACCUGGGGGCGGGGCUCACUCCCCUCUUGACAUCAUGAGGGGAAAAUCUGAGAAUGGCUUGUUUUGGCACACAUUUUCUGAAGGGUGGAGUCUUCUGACUCUUGUAGGGAUAUAUUUUUAUUACAAAAGCCUGAAAAGUGAUUUUUACAUAAUAUAUCUCCUUUAACACAUAAAUUAAGAUAAGGUUAUGUUACUUUAAGGGCUGUCAAAAGAUUAAAAUGUGCAUAAAUCCCCAAAUCUGUGCAGUAAAUCACAAUAAUUAACAUGCUUUUAUUGCUUUUUAAAGAUUCCACUAUUUAGCGUUCAGCCUUCAGGCAUCACUGUAAGUUACUACCCUUUAAAGCAUUAAGGAUGAAAAUGUCCACUUCCAAAAACUGCUCUAAAAACUUAACACAUUCAUAUGUUGUCUGCUUUUUUGUAUAAAUCUCUUAAAUAACUUCAGCCAUGCUCAAAACUACCAAACAUUCAAUCAAUUUGAGGAUUUUAACCCUUUAAAUGCCUGUUUGAUUACUUGAGGUUGAUGUUGUUUUUCAUGAAAAAAAUAUAUAUCUUCCUCAAACUAA